AUGGAUCGAUCCGGCAAUCUGAAAUCUGGAUUCUAUUUUCUUACCCCUGAGAUUAGCCAAGGAUACCCGAGUCAUCCCAUGUCCGUUCCAAGUUUCGCAAUGAUUGCACUGCUUUCCAAUUCGGAUGAAACAAGCGGGUUUCUAUAUCAAUCCAGAAAACAUGAAAACAGUGCCCGUGAACUUAUCAAGCAUUGUUUAAGGGGCUAUUUCGGCCGGCUUCCCAGUGGGAUAGACUUGGCCUAUGACUCGGGGAUCCCUUUCGGGCCUGCCAAGCGCGCCGGGCCGGGCGGGGCCCCCUUAACGGACGGACACGGACUCUGUCAAAGGUCGGGCCCGCGGCGCCGGGUCAUGUGGAGGGACACGUGGGAUAUUGGCAGUAUACUGGAUUCAUGGGACCGGAGUUGGUGGGAUACCGGGCAGGCUCAUACUUACCGACUUCUCCAGGUCGUCAAGCUGAACUCACCGUUGUCUGACCGAGCGGUUAGUUUACUUGGCAUGCUUAUGUGCCUUGGUGACAGCUACUCGGAUCGAUUCCAAGCCCCGCAAUCCUUUGGGCCAUCCUGUAUCGUUGCACAGGGAACGUCUUCCGCAUCGCGUCGUUGGUUUGAGUUGCGACAUCAGGUCGACGACAUGUCUGCUUUCUUUGAGUAUCUUGGUGCUGCGGUAAUCUUUCUGGUUUCUGACUUUGGAGUACAAUUACAACGAAUUCAAUUGCUCUCGGAUGUAAACAUGUCCGCGACGGAGUUUCCCUCACGAAGCCAAUGCCAUUUGAAUCCGAUACAAGCCCAUGAUCAAACGCCGAGACGGGCAUAG